AACAAUAAAUGAAUUUUAAAACUAUAAGAAGAAGUGCUGAUUGCCUGUGCCCUAUAACUUCUGAUAAGGCGGCCAGAUAAUGCAAGAUUGCAAGAACACAAACAUGCAAUCCAUCUCAUAAACCUCAUUGAUAAUGUGAACUUAAGUCUGCAAAAAUUGAUGGCAAAGCACCUAGGCACAUGAAAAAGUCUAAGAGAAGAGAGCUGAUAAAUUUAGUACCUGAGUUUCUGGGUUAAACUGUAGUAGUGGAAUACCUGUCAUGUUACUGGCACUGAGAUUUUUACUGCUUAUAUUCCCUGUGACUCUUUCUGCUCCAGUCAGAGAUCGCUGCACAACGGGCAAAAACAAACUACUGCUGACCAUCUUUGAUGGGUUCAGGUGGGACUACGACCGAGAUGUGGACACCCCAAACCUGGACAAAAUGGCUGAUGAAGGAGUCAAGGCAGCAUAUGUCACUCCACCUUACCUGACCAUCACUAGUCCUACACACUUCACCCUGUUAUCUGGAAGGUACAUUGAGAACCAUGGUGUGAUUCAUAAUGUGUGGUUUAACACAACCACAGGACAAAGGAAAGAGUACUACAUGGCGCAGUUUGUGGAUGAAUACUGGGAUAAUGGCAGUCUACCAAUUUGGAUCACCGCUCAAAGACAGGGGCUUAAAACAGGAUCUUUACAUUUCCCUGGCACUGCUGCCACUUACCAGAAAGAAACAAUUCAGAUGAGGGAGGUAGAACCUAGAGCCUAUGACUACACCAAUGAGACGGCAUGGAGGGAAAAUGUGGAUAAAGUCAUGAAGGAAUGGUUUAAAGAUCAAGACUUAGACUUUGUCACUUUGUAUUUUGGCGACCCAGAUGAAACUGGCCACAAGCAUGGGCCUGAUUCUUCCGAGCGCCGUGAGGCGGUCAGAAAAGUUGACCGAACUGUAGGCUACAUACGAGAAACUGCUGAGAAACACGGACUCGGUGAACAUCUGAAUAUUAUCAUCACAGCUGACCAUGGCAUGACCACCGUGUUUAAAGGAGGGGAAGUAAAAGAAAUAGUUCUUACUGACAUUGCAGGGUUCUCUUACAAAGAUCUGCAGUUCCACCUGUUGGACUAUGGACCUUCUGCGAUGCUCUUGCCCAAAGAAGGGAUGCUUGACAAGGUUUAUGAAGCCUUGAAAGGAGGGCAUCCAAACCUUCAUGUUUACAAGAAAGAAGACAUGCCUGCUCGACUGCAUUACUCCAAACAUCCGCGCAUCCUACCCAUCAUUCUCUUCGCAGACCCAGGAUAUGUCAUCAAUGGGUUUUACCCACUUCAAACCAAUAAAGGAGAGCACGGUUAUGACAAUAAGGUCAUGGACAUGAAGCCUUUCUUCAGGGCAGUGGGACCAGACUUCCACAGAAACUUGUUGGUUGGACCAUUUGAGACUGUUAAUGUUUACUCUCUAAUGUGCCACUUACUGGGGAUAAAGCCAGAAAUCAACGACGGGUCACUGGAUAACACCCGACACAUGCUGAUAUCUGGUGGAGAGUCAUGUGAUUCUGGAGACAUUCCCGAGUCGAGUCUUCAGAACGUGUUCACCGGUCUUGCUGCUGUUGCUGGAUUUUUAUUGCUUGUGUUUGUGGUUCUUACAUCCUACAACGGAUAUAAAAGAUGUAAAAUUAACUCAAAAGUGAAAGACAUAGGAGAUGAGGAUGAGAUGAAAGCCGACUCCAAGCAAACAUCGUUCUAAGAAGGACAAUCGUUUUUUUAAUUGUUUCUUAAAAGGUCAAAGACAAAAUAUUUAAACUGCUGACUUCUAUUACUCUCUAUAAUAUUGUUCAAACAUCUAAUAUCAUAUAAAUGAGGUGGAUCGUUAUUUAUAUUAAUAGACCUUUAUCUCCAAUGGAAGAGCAUAAGAUAAGCCACUUAUUAGUAUUUGAUUUCAAUAGUUAUAAUACACCCUUGAACUGAACUUCAUAGAUGAUGGUGAGAGUAUACAUCAUAAAAUGCAUUAAGAAAUAAAUUGUUUUUGACUCA